AUGAAAGAAUUUGCACUUAAAAGUAAAGGGAAACAUAUAAAAGGCCUUAAAGAAAAGAUUUUAGUAGAUUUAGAUGAUAAGAAAAUAGGGAUUAUUUUUAAAGAAGUUUCAAACACUACAGGACUAUCAGAAAGUCGAUUAAGACUUUUAGUUAAAGAUAGGAUUCUGAAGAAAGAAGACAAUAUUGAGGAGAUUUUAGAUGAGAAUUGUAUUUAUGUAAAGGAUUUAGGCCCUCAAAUUGGGUGGAAAACAGUUUUUUUGGUCGAAUAUUUGGGUCCAUUAUGGAUUCAUCCAUUAAUUUAUGGAUCGUCAUUAUUUCAACGUUUAUUGUAUGGAAAAGCAGUUGAACAUUCAUAUAAUCAGAGAAUUGUUUUUAUUCUUGUUAUUCUUCAUUUUAUAAAACGUGAGUUAGAAACACUCUUGGUACAUCGAUUUUCAAUAAGUACAAUGCCAAGGCGGAAUUUAUUCAAGAAUUGUUUCCAUUAUUGGGUUCUUGGAGGUAUAAACAUGGCAUAUUGGGUAUAUGGGCCUUGGUUUUCAUAUUUAUAUCAAUCUCCAAUUAUUUUGAUAAGUUUUGUUAUUUUAUGGAUGCUUUCUGAAUAUGCUAAUUUAAAAACACAUCUUAUUUUACGUAAUUUAAGACCUGAAAAAACAUCUAUUCGUCAAAUUCCUAAAGGAUUUGGUUUUGAUCUUGUUUCUUGCCCAAAUUAUUUUUUUGAAUACAUAUCAUGGUUUGUUAUUGCUUGUUUAAGUCAUUCAUUAUCUUCUUGGUUAUUUCUUGCUGUUAGUGGAAUUCAAAUGUGGCUCUGGGCAUUAAAAAAACAUACACGAUAUAUAAGAGAAUUUAGUGAUUAUCCUAAACGAAGAAAAAUUAUGUUUCCUUACAUUUUAUAA